AUGACAAAGUUAUUUUGGAUAAAAAAACUGGCUAAUUUUUUUUACUCAUCUGCUAUUCCUUUUUCUGCAAUUGAAAAUCCAUAUUGGAUUGAUUUUAUAAAUACACUUCAUCCGUCUUAUAAUUUACCAAAUCGCCGGCAAUUGGCAAAUAAACUUUUGGAUGAUGCCUAUUCUCAAGAGUGUGAAUAUUUAGAAGAUAAACUUAAAAAAGUAAAUAAUAUUUCACUUAUAUCAGACGGAUG